GUAAGUCAAGCACUAAUAUCACAAUGAUUUCGAUGUGGCAGACGCAAAAUCAACUUGGCGGGGAAAUUUAAAAUGAUAGAAAGUAGCAGAAAUUCGUAAUUAAUGUAGUGUAUCCGUAGUCUGAGGUGUCACUUUCAGUGAAUCAUAAAAUCAAGAAUGGAUGGAGAACUCAUUUGUAACUACAAGAAAUGCAGAAAGAGGCUAAACUCAUUUGCUUGGGUGACAUCCUGUUCACAUAUUUUCUGUGAUGAAGAUGGAGCAAAAGAGUUCAACAAAUCAUACACCUGUCCAGCUUGUGAAAAUACUUUAUCUGGGAAGUUUGAUAUCAUCAGAAUUGAUUUACAGCCAAAUGAACAGUAUAAAUCAAUGGUUUUAGCGGGACAGAAACCAGAAACUAUCAUGGAAAUUUGUACCAGAGCCUUGUCUUUUUGGACCUACCAGGCUCACCAAGAGAGGACCUACCAAGAGUAUGUGGCAACUAAAGCCAAAGAAAGAGCCGUCCAACUGGAGCAGUACUAUGAACAGAUAGUGUCCCGUACACAGACCGAGCUCACAUCUCUGAAAACACAGCUAUCUGCUUCGAAAAAGGAAUUGGAUACAACAAAAAAGAAGCACAAUGAAAUAGCCGAAAAACUACUUGAAAGAAACAGACAAUAUCAGAAAUUACAGUCGCUUUAUGACGCUAUGCGGAGGAAGUGCAUUACUCCAUUGUCGUUUGAGGGGAACUCCGGAGACGGCACGCCCUCUUUGGGGUCCACAGAUCGGAAGAGAACGACAGGUCAAAGUUUUACCAUGCCGCUGUCCUCAGGAGAUGAUAUUCUACGACAACAAAGCCAUGGUCAUCACAAUCAACAACGCAAGCACACCAACUCGCCACCAGAAAGUAAAAUGAGAAUUCGUGCUACGACCGAACAGUACUCCAACAGUUGGUGAUCUUUCGAAUCAUGCGGAAGCUGGAACGAGCAGGUUCAACCUCACCUUUCACACCCCGAGGUGAUGAUCCUAUAAGCCCGAUGGCAGGUGUCGCCCCAGAAAUCCAGGAAUACAUUUAAGACAAGACGAAUCACUAAAAAAGAAAACAAAAACUGUCAAUGAUAAAAGAACCAACGUUAAAACUGAUUUGAUAUGGAAUUGAAGUUCCGUCAUUGGUGCCGAUCAUUUCAUCGAUAUUCGUACGUUUUACAUUGCAUGCCGGAGAUAUCCCUUUUGAACACAAGAACUGAUGUUGAUUGUGAAAUUUUGGCUCAUUUAUUAAAACGAAUUAAAACUUAUUGCAGA